ACCCACGAUCAGCGAACCGUGCUCAGUCAGUCUCGGUGUGUUGUGCGCGUUGGCCGUCGUCUUUUGAUAACUGUGCAGCGAAUCGCGAUCCUUUCGUUACUUUUUCUCGGACGGUGUGAUACGGUGCGUGUGAAGCGUUAGUUUUCUGCGACCAAAGAGGGGUGGGAGUUUUGAACCCCCACAGCCAACAGCAGUAAAAGAAGAUCGCCCGGAAGAGACCCCAGCCAUGAGGUUACCGGCUGUGAUUGUGUUCAGUGUGAUCGUUCUCGUGAAUGCACAGACCAAGGACGAGAAAGAAUUCAAAUGCCCGGAAGGCUUAGGAAAUGGAAACUUUGCCGAUCCCGUCACAUGUCGACGGUUUUAUCAGUGCGUGGAUGGAUUUCCGUAUCUGAAUCGCUGCCCCUCGGGACUCUACUUUGAUGAUAUUCAAAAGUUCUGUACGUUCAAGGCGGAAGCUAAAUGUGGACCCAUCGCCAAUCUACCUACUGCCACCACAGAGGCGCCAGUAGACCUGGCCAAGAAGUGCAACCCCAGCGAGUGUGAACUGCCAUACUGCUUCUGCAACAAGGACGGUACUCUCAUUCCGAAGGGUCUCAACGCUGAUGAGAUUCCUCAAAUCAUGCUACUGACCUUCGAUGGUGCUGUUAAUCUGAACAACUACGAUCACUAUAAAAAGGUUUUCAACGGAAAACGACAGAACCCGAACGGCUGUGACAUCAAAGGAACGUUUUUCAUUUCACACGAAUACAGUAAUUACCAGCAGAUACAAACUCUGGCCAACGAUGGGCAUGAAAUUGCUGUGGAAACUAUUUCACUGCAGAUGGGCUUACAGGACAAAGGUUACGAGGAGUGGGUUGGAGAAAUGAUCGGGAUGCGUGCAAUACUAAAGCACUUCUCCAAUGUCUCAAGCAAUGAAAUCAAUGGUAUGAGAGCACCGUUCCUCAAACCAGGACGCAACACGCAAUACAAGGUCAUCGAAGACUUCGGAUUCAUUUACGACAGCUCCAUCAGCGUACCGCCAAGCCCGGUUCCUGUUUGGCCUUAUACCCUGGACUAUAAAGUACCUCACGAAUGUAAGAGCGGAACUUGUCCGACCAAAUCAUUCCCGGGUAUCUGGGAAGUUCCUCUGAAUGCCCACUUUGUCGAAAGCUACGAGGGUGGACACUGCCCGUACAUGGACCAGUGCGUUCUGCACAAUCAUGAUGCCGAAGAUGUGUUCGCCUGGCUGCAGGAGGACUUCGAACGGUACUACUACCAAAACAAAGCACCCUACAUGAUGCCCUUCCACACCAACUGGUUCCAGAUCCGGGAGUUGGAGCGUGGCCUGCAUAAAUUCCUUGACUGGACUCAAACUCUUCCAGACGUUUACUUCGUAACGGUAACACAGGCCCUAACCUGGAUCACGGAUCCAAAAACGCUACACCAGCUGAAUAACUAUGAACCUUGGAACUGUAAAAGCAAAAUAACCCAAACGCCAAAGCCAUGCAACAACUCGAACAAGUGCGCGCUGUCCUUCAAGGAGCCGACGUCGAACAUCAGUGACACCCGGUACAUGGAGACGUGCUUCGAAUGCCCGGCCGUCUAUCCAUGGUUGGGAGACUCGCACGGUUCCGGGAUACCCGGACGAGAUAACUACAUCGAUCAGAGUUCAGCCGGGGCAGGCGAUGCGAAGAACCAACCAGACGAGGAAACAAACUAGUGUUGUUCCUAAGAUAGCCGAACGAAAGUAGCGAUAGAAUGCAUGACUGCUGUCUGGUGGACCUCUUUCGAUGGAAGGUCUUGUGAUGUGUUCUGGCGCACUACGUGUAGUAUUAGUGUACCGCAAGUGAAUAGUUGAGUUCUAACGUAAGCAAUUUAAGCAAGAUUGCGAAAGUGACAUUCAAAGAAACGUAGAAAACGGAAUACGACAGCGUGGGCGUACAAUUUUGGAGUGAAUAAAUAGAAAAUAAACAAACCAGAUACUGAUGA